AUUAGUAGGCUAUGAGGCUAUUUUUAUCCAUCAGAGUAACACAGCAAGGAAAAUUUUAAAACUUUUUACGAAACACACACCACACGUCCUUCAAAUUACUUGUUUUAGAAAUUCCAAACAGGAACUACUGUAGGCCGUGGCAUCUCCAGGGAACUCCAUGGAUAGAAGCCACAAGUCAGAGGAGGCUUUCAAUCAGUCAAUGUCCAGCAGUAGCCGCCGAGUCAUGUGGAAACUCACUGAUGAAGAGGAGACCUUCGACUCCUUGGUCCAAUACCGCCGCGUCCCUGCCCGUAACGUGUGCGUGUCUGCACAGCAACCGAAAGUUCGCGCUGUAGCCCUGUCCGAACCAGAACAGCGUCCCAGGAAGCGCACUGCGAGCGAGAACUGGCUGAUGCUUUUGCGCGAACUGCGCAAGCAGAAAACCACCAUCAAGGAGCGGGAGCAGAGCAAGAAAGCGUCCGAUGUCCAUGAAUCGGCUUGGAAGCACAAUCACUCGUCAGCCACAUCGCUGCCGGAGGUAAAAGAGCCAUCUGUCAAAGAGCGUGCGGAUGCUUACUGGCAGCGGCUCUUUACCGGAACGUGCAAGCGACGGGCGGAUGAAAAGGAGAUGGCCAGUGCAGGCGCCGAGCAGGAGGAUCCGGCGGACAUUGCCCUGACCGUGAAACCCAGCUUGGCGCUCCGUUACAAGCCUUCCCACGAGUCCCUUAAAUACAAGCGGAGCAAGGACCUUGGUUCAGAACGCCUUCAGAGCACCUCCCGGGGACCUACUAAACUUGUGACUGAUCUCAAGGUAGAGUCCUUUUGCCUGCCCCCGCAGCAAAAGUGCGUGGUACGCGAAAUGGCACCCAAAUUCGCCCAACGAAUGCAUAUGUCACUAGCCAAUGACACCGAUUCCUGCUGCUCCGGCGAUCUGGAGGUUCCAACGAACAGUCCUGUUCUAGACCUGGACGUCAACUCACCGCCACAACAGCCGCAGAUGCGACCUCGCACUGAAAUAAUCAGCGUUCACAUUUCGACCCCUCCCAGGUCGACCCCAUCGUUCGCGGAAACUACUGGACGCAGCACGAGUCCCAUCAAGCGUCGAGUCAUCACCAACAAAAUCACGACAGGAACAAAAGGUAGCUCCACCGCCGCUGCAUCCUCGGCAGGGGGCAACAAGUGUUCCAGUGCCAGCAGCGGCAGCACGGGCCCUCACUUGCCCACCUUUCGGCAGCGGCAGCAAGAGCUCCACCGUUAUCGCAUCCUCAUCGAAAAACGGCGUUUGGAUCUCCUCGAGCUGAAGAUAGCCCGCGAACGGGAAGAGGCUCUACACAGCGAACUUCUCUUUCACAAGGACCUGCAGAUCAAGGAGCACAUGCUCAAGGUUUACGAGGACAACGACUGUUCGAACGCAUAGAAAUCAAAAUUACCACUGGCAUAGGCUCAAAAUUCAUGGUGGUUUUCAGAGUUUAUAAUGGCCGUGGUCGCAGUAGUUCUAAAUUCACGACUCAAAACCUAAAGACAGAUAAAUACCAAUAACAUAUCCAUCUAUAGGUUACCCCA